AUGGGUGUUGGAGCUGUGCUUGAACCUUUGACGGUCAUCGUUCUCCUCUUUGGAGGGACAUGGAUAAAUCGUCGAAAAGAAAACUCAUAUCAUUCAUCUAGAAGUGCUUCCCAGUAUAGACUGUCCUCUGGGUCGUCAUCCGACUCAGAUGUUGACGAGGAGACUGGACUCCAAUCUACUACGGACAAAGAUGCAUAUGCAGAAUCAAGGCCGUUGUCGCCCUCAUUACUUCACCACGAGGCUAAAUGGAGGACACGAACUAUCGCGCUUGGACCAUACAAAUUCAAGGCACACUCGCCCAACACAGCGAUAUUCCGUAAUCGAACCUUGAGUCGUCUGCUAUGUCGACUUCCAUUCUUGGUGGAAUGCUGGUACUGGGCUUUGGUGUACUGGACAUAUCAGCUUGGCCGCGCUUUCACCGCCAUGACGCUCAAAGAUGACACUGUCGACAUCGCAAGGACGCACGCCUUACAACUUGUUCAAAUCGAGAAAGCGCUGGGGAUAUUUGUCGAGACCGAUAUUCAGAAAUUCUUCUUGGCAAGGCCGAUGCUGAUGAACGUGACGAACUGGGUCUAUUCGUUCAUCCAUAUCCCCGGUACGAUUGCCUUUCUGGUAUGGUUGUACUACUAUACCACCACGCGAAACUCGCUGGAUGAUCCGAGGUACAGCCCUCUCGACCAUAGGAUCAAUGGAUCACCGGGAGGUCCUCCUUUAUACGCUGCUCGUCGACGCACCCUGGCUGUCUGCAAUCUUGCUGCUUUCGUCGUCUUCACGUUAUGGCCAUGCAUGCCUCCUCGCCUAUUAAGCGACGAACAUGUAGCCGGUAGCGUCGGUGAUUUGGCAAGGAGUUAUGGCUUCGUUGAUACCGUUCACGGUGAAAAGGGCGCAGGCAGUGUUUGGACUGAGAAUCGAUUCUGCAAUCAAUACGCCGCAAUGCCCUCCCUGCAUUUUGGGUAUUCAUUAAUGAUCGGAUUGUCCAUCAUGACAAUCCCCCUAUCACCUCAACACCGACAAUCGACAUCAAUUCGAUUGCCCCUUGUCUCCAAUCGCAUCAACUUGCGAUUUGGUUUGCCGUCCUGGCGCCGCGCGCUUUGUGUUGCUCUGGGUGUCGCAUAUCCACUAACCAUCCUCGCUGCCAUCAUCGCAACAGCUAAUCACUUUAUUCUGGAUGCUGUGGCCGGUACUCUUGUCUGCUUCUUUGGAUGGUGGGCAAACUCGAUCUUGUUGAACCUGCUCCCUCUUGAGGACUAUUUUCUAUGGGCGCUGCGUAUGCAUAAGCCGGAGCGACAGGUCAUGGACGUCUAUGAGGAUACAGACGAGCAAGAUGAACCCAAGGUCCUGGCACAUGCCUCUCUCCUGUCCUAAUCAAUUUUUUCUUGCCCUAGGUUGAA